AUUCAAAUCAUCCUUCAUGCUAACCUUCUUCUUUUUUCUUAUUAUAGUCAUGCAUUCCAUUAGCUACUUUACUCUUCUCGCUGUCACGCUUGGUUUCGUCUCGCUUCCUGGAGCGUCCGCCGCUUCGGCCAAGGUGUACGAUAAAUGUGUUACUCCUGGUACCUUUGCCUUGACCUUUGACGAUGGUCCUUACAAGUACUCUUGGUCACUGGCUGAAAAAUUGGAAGCCGAAGGCAUAGCCGCAACUUGGUUCGUCAAUGGCAAAAAUUGGGUCAACGUAGCUACCGACAAAGUCGAAGUCAACGGCGAAAUGAAGACCUACAAGCAAGUGCUGCAAAAGGUCCACGAUUCUGGCCAUCAAAUUGCUAGCCACACCUACAGCCACAAGGAACUCGCCGGUCAAUCGAACCAGGUGAUUCGCCGGGAAAUGCAGAAAAAUGAAGACGUUAUCCGCUCGGCAAUUGGCAAGCGACCCACCUUCAUGCGUCCUCCCGCUGGCAGCCUCGACAAGAACGUUCUCAAAGUCUUGGGUAGCCUCGGCUACCACGUCGUUCUUUGGGAUAUUGACUCCAACGAUUGGCGUACGCACAACUUCGAGUCAGAGCAAAAGGAAUACAAGUCUGUGCUGGAUAAUGAAUCGGAAAAAGGAGGUCAUAUCGCUUUGAACCAUGAAGUCUACGACCAAACCAUUGAUGAACUGGUCCCCUGGGUCAUUGAUUACGUGAAAAGCAAAAACUAUCGAUUUGUCACCGUGGCUGAAUGUUUGGGUUUCCCCAAGGAAAGCGCCUAUAGAAACUAAUUUUUGUUUUUUUUCCCCUCAACUAUCAUUGUACCGGCAAGACGCCAUUUUCCCCUCAUCGUCUUGUUUCCUACCUUUUCUUUUUUUUAGCCGUUCUCCUUAGUUUUUUAGAAAUCGCAUCUAUUCAGACAAUUAAACAUAGUAUUUAUUUCAGUGACAAUAAUGAAAAGGAUGAA